GUAGCCGUCAUGGAGAACGCUCCGCCGUCUGGGCCGGAAAAGAAAGACCCUGAAAGUCCAGGAGUGCAGCAGGCGGCUGCAGGAUCCCUGGUGGAGCUCACCCCAACCCCCGGCGGCCUGGCUUUGGUGAGCCCCUAUCACACCCACCGGGUCGGGGACCCCUUAGACCUCGUGGCGCUCGCAGAGCAGGUGCAGAAGGCUGAUGAAUUUAUUCGAGCAAAUGCCACCAACAAAUUGACAGUCAUAGCUGAGCAGAUCCAGUAUUUGCAAGAACAAGCCAGGAAGGUACUGGCAGAUGCUCACAGAGAUGCCGACUUGCACCGUGCAGCUUGUAAUAUGGUGAAAAAACCUGGCAACAUUUACUAUCUUUAUAAACGGGAGAGCGGUCAGCAAUACUUUUCCAUUAUUUCUCCACAGGAAUGGGGGACUAGUUGUCCUCAUGACUUUCUUGGUGCCUACAAGCUUCAGCAUGACUUGUCCUGGACUCCAUAUGAGGACAUUGAGAAGCAAGAUGCUAAAAUCAGCCUAAUGGACAAGCUGCUGAACCAGCCAGUGGCCCUGCCCUCCUGCACUGAAUCCACCUUCCAGAGACUGACUAAUUGAGCGUAGACUCUGGCCAGCAGCUCUCACAACAAGGGCCUGUUGCCUCCUUGUGGCCCCUGUUCUCUGCAUUGAUGGGGCAGGGUCAUGGGAUCUGAGGACUUGUAGGUGAAUCAGGAACUUCUUGGAAGGAGACCCUAUGUGAAUGUAAUUGCUUUUGUUUUUAUUGCUUUUAAUUGGGUUGGUAAGGAAUCACAAUACUCUCUUUUGGGAUCUCCUUGGAGCAACAGAUGCCCAGUUGGAGGUCACUCUCAGUUCCUUGAUACUUUGGCCUCUGCAAGAUGGCAGCUUUCUUCAUCAAAGCAGAAAGGGUAAGAGUCUACUAGCAGGACAGGAAUUAAUCUCACACAGUCUAUUCAUAGAAGUGACGUCACCUUUGUUGUAUUCUCUUGGUUAGAAACAAGUCUGCAGGCCAGCCCACACUCAAGGGAGGGAAUUACACACAGGCAUGAAUACCAGAAGGCAGGGAUCACUGCAUCGUUGAAUAGACUUAAAAUUUGUUUGCCGUGGUGCUCAGUUGAGAGGAAAAAAGAAAAGUCAAUUCUGGCUAAAAGAGGCGAUAUUACAAAGUAGUUGAGUGCAAUGAUGUUAAAGUCACAGAUCUGGACUUGACUCUUCACUCUGACAAAAUAACUUAUAGCUGGCAUUCCUGCUUCCCCUCUGUCCCCUCUCCAGUCCAUUCUGCAUAUAGUUAGGUCGAUCCUUUGAAAAUGCAAAUCACUCUUACCAUUGACUUUUCCAACCACUGGAACUGGAGAGGAGUUAUUCAGAAGAGAGAAAUACAGUUACCAUGCUGAUGCACUCCCUGCACUGACCUUUAGGUAGUGCCAUUCCUUUCCUGUUUAAGCCAAUGAUCAGGCUUAGGGAAGGCUAGUGGUAAUGUCAGAAUCGUGGACUAGGACUCAGUGAUGAUGUACAGUAGCUAUUUUUCAUUCAACCAUCCAGCUGUCUACCCAGUAAUUCUGUAAGUAUUAACACCUUCUGGGGUCCAGGUUCUAGAGAA